AUGGCUUUUGCAUCGCAGGCGAAGACACACUCUCGCUCUCCUUCCCCCGGUGCCGGUUGUAACAGCGACGCUCUGGCGUUUUUCCAGGCCACCUGGCGUGAGGCAGAGAUAGCGUCUCGAGGGCAGGUUAAAACCUGGCGCUCGCUAGCAGGAGCUCGAGGGGACUUGGAUAUCCCCAAUUACGAGCGUUUGCCAGACAUUUUCAAUAUUCAUUUCCCACUCGUUGCGCGGCGGGUGCAGUCGUUCCUCUGGAGAGCGAAACAGGAGGCGAGACGCAGAUGGUGCCAUCUUAUCUGCUCUCGCUACACAAACACCAUCUUGAGAAACAUCCACUUUAUUUCUCCUUCCUUUCUGUCGGCGGUUCAAGAUGAAGACGCGCCGUAUAUCUGUGUUUUUGAUUUGCACUCGUUUGUAAUCCUUCACGUCUUUCUUUUUGUCUUUGUGUGUGUUCUCCCACUUGAAUCCCUCAUUGGGAUUUCCCAGAGUGCAAAUAGAGAUCCGCUGUGUGAUGAAUGGAGUCGUCUGGAUAAUGGACCCAGGUGUCUUGACAACUCUCAUUGUCCUGUUCGGAGGAAAGAGAAGCUCCAUCGGGAGAUCCACGGAAAGACGAUUUUCUCCAUCCUGGAAGACGGAGGGUUAAGUGUUGGUGCGUGGUUUCACACUGGUGGGCGUGGAGCUGCUGCCAGCAUCCCUACAUCCAUCUGUGCUGGCGGUACAGCGCCGACAGCUCUCCAAACACACGUCGUGCUCGACUCUCCCUGCAGACGUGGCCAGAGAAGACUCACCCGGCCUCCUCGCAAACUCUCGCAUGCAUUCAUUAGAGGUUCCUUCGCUGGAGAUCGGCACGUCCUGCUGGAAGGCCUCUUAAAACAGGGGACGCCCACUCCAGAAGCCCUUUUAAUGUUCACCUCGGCUCGCACAGACCCGUCCAUCUGACAGACAUAUCAAUCCUGUGCCAGGAGAACGAAGAGGAGGAUGACGAGGAAGUGCUCCUGCCAAAUAAAAGCUUUUGCUUCACUGCUUUUAUAUCAUGACAUGUUGUUCUGGUAGGUGGUUUGGCACUAAACACCGGCGACAACUAAACAAUGGGCUCUUCAGCGCUCGCUGAGAUUCAACACUUAAUUGGUCGUUUGGAAAUGGGAACAAUCUCACUUACAGAUUUACACAGUUGUGCAUUUGCUUUUGUACGUGAUCAUACUCGUGUGUUUCGCCUGGUGGUCGUAGAUGAUAAAAUGCUUUUAUUUUCAGUUCAUAAAUAAUGACUCGAUAUUAAGAUUUUUGGCCAAUUUAUUGUGAGUUAGAUCAAUAUUCUCUCAUAUUUAUUAUAAAUAUUAAAUUAACAUUUAACACUAUAUAUAUUAGUGUCCUUGUUCCAUAUGU